AUGCGCAUAUAAUCUCUCACCUGUUGGGCGAGCGGAUUUCCAAGUAGGCGGAAAAGUAAGCUGGCGUGCCCGCAAAUCGUGUACCCAUCAAACGUGCAAAAGAUACGCGUAAAAUAAAAUCGAAGCAGAGUAGCAUAUACCGCGGCGGAGGUACCCACCGAUGCCUGGUACGAAGCACGUGCCAUCAGGAGCAACUUAUGCAACUGACCAGUAUAACGUGAGUUUUACCAGAUCCCUCGCCUACGCAGAUUGGUCUGUUACGCGAAGGCCAAAAGGGUGAGGAAAAAAAAAAAAAUGAGCACCACUGGGGAAGUUGGAAACCCUGCAAAGGUCGAAGAGGGGGGAAGUAAAAAGAGCGCCCGAGUGGAGGAUGGAACAGCCCCGCCCCUUGUUAAAGAAAAAAACGAAACGGUUGAAAAACCUGAUCAUGGGGACGAAGGGGCCGAGCCAAAAAACGAACAGGGCGCCAAUGAUAAGUGUCUUCAAAAUGAUUCCUCAGAAAGUGCAGAACGAAAGGGAAGAAAAAAAAGGAAAAUUCAAAAGGGCGAUGUAAAAAGUUGCGAUUUAAAAAGUUGCGAUGGAGAAAAUGAGGCGAACCGUAAGGGAAUCGAAAACGUAUCAGGGGAAAAAGAAGAUGAGGGAACCCUGUCAAGUGACGAUAAAAGCUCGAGCAGUGAUGAAGACCAUGACGGUUUGUUGCUCACUUCCAAGUUUAAAAAAAAGUUCAGCGAUUUGCUACUCAAGUUGAAAAGUAAAGAUGCCAGCCUGCUGCCCAAGGAGGGCGACUUUUUUUUCCACGACAGUGAUUUUGAGACGGACGUGUCGGACGACGGGGGGGAAGGCGAAGGGGAUGGAAGCGAAGGGGGAAAAGGUGACCAAGUUGGCGAAGUUAACGAAGUGGGCCAAGUUGACCAAGUGGGCGAAAGCGCCGCCAGCAGGGGCAGCCUGAACUAUGCGGACUACUUCAAAGACAUCCUAAUGAAGGAGGGGUCGCAUGCCAUUGACGAGGAGGAGGAAAAACUGAUCGAGAAGGAAAAAGAAGCCUGCUCGCAAAAAAACAAAAAGAGCUACCUAAACGAGCAGGAGGAAUUAAAAAAAAAAAUUAUAGAGGCAUGCAAAAUUGCAGAGGAACAAAACGAAAAUGAAGGUGACGAUGGAAAUUUCUUCACCAUAAAGGAAAAAACGGAAAAGGAAAUUCUGGAGGAAAAAACAUAUUAUGAAAACUUCCUAAAGACGUCCAAAAUUGUAAAGGAAGAGGAUGGACUGCUAAAGGAAUACUGGAAUGACAAUUUAAAUAAAGAUGAAGAAUUUUUAAGGGACUAUAUUUUGAAAGAAUUGUGGAGGGAAGAUAAAAUCCACAACGUUUAUGAAGACAUUGACGAAGUUGACGAUGAAGAAUUGGAUAAAGCUGCCAAGUUUGAAAAGACGUACAAUUUUCGCUAUGAAGAACAGAAUGGAAAUAUUAUAAAUUCCAACCCGCGCCAAAUAAAGAGCAGCGUGAGGAUUGACAUGAGGAAGGAAAAGAGGAGGGAAAAGCGGAGAGAAAAGAGGAAGAGGCAGAGGGAGAGGAAGCGAAAGAACCUCACGGAGGAUUUGAAAAUGGAGGGCAGCAAAAAAGGCAAGAAAAAGGAAAGCAAACAGGACCGCAAAAGGGCAAACGCUGUUAGCGGCGAGGGGGGGGGAGACGCGGAGGAUAACGACACUGCCAAUAUGUGCCUUCCAAAGGAGGAAAAAAAAAAAAAAAAAAAAAAAAAGGCAACCGGUGAAGAUGCGGGUACGGUGGAAAAUUCGAACGAUAUGUGGUUUUUAUGCGACGAAUGCAAUGUGCCUAUUAGCCCCCUCAAUUAUGUGUACGAGUGCACCUGUUGCGACAACUUUGCCGUGUGUAAACCCUGUUUUAAAAAAAUAACACAUGAACAUGAUUUGAAGAAGCAGGUAGUACCUCUGCAUUGCGCGCCUCCAAAGGAUUACCAAAAAGGGAAUGCCCCCGACAUAAGUGGACCCAAAAGUAACAACCGCAAUGGCGGUGAGAAGAAGUAUAGCGAAUUGGAAUACCUGGAGAACGACUCGAGUGCUUAUGAAGACCUAAUUGAUGACAUGCCCAUUCGGUUCAAAUACUUCAAGGUGAAGCCGGAAACUUUUAAACUCACCACCGACUAUAUUUUAAAAACGGACGACGAAACGUUGAAUCAGAUUGUCCCCCUGCAUUAUGUCUCCCCCUAUUUCAAGCACGACGGAAAGGCUAAACUUCGAGACUUUAGCGGAAAAAAAGGCGAUGCCCAGGAAAAAAAGAGACCGAAAUUUAAUGGCAGGGCUGCUGCACGCAAAGGGCGCGGCGAUUAAGGGGGGGUAUCCAAACCAGUGCUAUCAUGUGAUAUUAUGCAAACGCCUUUAUGUCACCCACCACGUGAGGGGCACAUCACCCAGUGAAGCACACUCACAAUGGUGU